AUGUAUAUUGAUAAUAAUAAAUAUAAAAAAAUUGAUGCAGAAGAUAAGAAACAAAUUAAAGCAACUGGUGGAGGUAAAUAUACCCCAAAACUGGCUGAAGUUGGGGCACAAAUGCUUGCUUUAAUGGGAGAUCAAAUAAUUCCUCUGUCUAAUGCAUGUGACAGUGCUGCAGAAUAUUAUGAACAAAAUGAAGCUGAAAUAGCAGGCCCACAACCAGAACAAGAUGCAAUUGAUGUAACAAUCCCCAUUCAUGAUAGUGAAAAUGAAAGAUGCGCGUUUGUAGCAGAAUUAAGUGCCAAAAAAAAAUUAAAAAAAAAUCAA